AUAGCGUCCUUUGGCAAAAGCUGAAUCUGAAUGUAGCCUAUUGGGAUAUUCCAGAUGUUCUGAUUAAAACAUGCACGUGUGAAAUAACUUCACCUCUGAAAACAGCCGAAACUGGGCUAUUUGAGUGCAUUCACCGUGCACUGAUGGACAGAAUCUUGAAGUGUAUGCUGACUUACUGGCUUCUCAGGAAGUGGGGUUGAGUUCGGAUUCGGAUUCGGAAUGUGGAAGCUUUUCGCAGCCGAAAAAAAGCCGAUCCAGCAGAAACGCUACAUCUGUCUGUCAGGCGAGUCCUGCCUUCUUGACGUAAGAGGGAAAUAUGUGAGGAGAGUUGCCCACGAACUUCCCUGAACACAGACAGUUAAACCGAAUUGUCAGAGAAGUAUCGGAGAGAUUUCGCUAACGUUAUUAGUCUUCAUCAGUCAUGAGGUGCAGCAUUAGGUUAGCUUAUCUUUUGCUGUACAAUCUGCUACAGUUCUCGGGGAACACGUGGAUAUUUGCCAACAUGAUGGCCCGAUUCGUCUUCUUCGGGAGAGGUGCGCAGGCGGACACCUUCUACUCCGUGGGGGUGAUCAUGUGUGUGUGUCAGCUGCUCUCGGUGCUGGAGCUCUUCCACAUCGCUGACGGCAUCGAGAAGGGAUGGCUCUUCCCACGCUUCGUCCAGGUUCUGGAGAGGAACCUGUUGUUGUUCGUGGUGUUUGUGAGUGUGGAGGAGUUCCAGAGUAACCCUAUGGUCUGUGUGCAGUUCUCCCUCUGGAACAUCUUACAGCUGCUCAGGUAUCCCCAUGGCCUGCUGUGUCUGGUGAGCACUCCCUCAGCUAACACCCUGUGGGCACGAUACACUCUCAGAAUUCCUGUGUACGUGGUGUCAGUACUCACUGAGGGGGUCAGUAUUUGGCAGGCGCUGCCGUACUUUGAGGAUGGGAUGUUCUCUGUCCAGCUGCAGGCUCCUGUCCAGGUGUUUGUGUACUUCCCCUACGUCCUCAUGGCCUACCUGCCACUGCUGGCUGCAGCUGCCAGCGUGACCGUGUGGCAUCUGCUGAAGGAGAGGAAACAGCAGCUGGACAGCUGGAACAAGAAGCUCAAGAGGAAGUGACAUCACUGCGGCAGGCACCUGACUUCCUCUCUGAGGUCUCUGAGAGCCCAGUGGACUGGGUGGGGGGAGGGGCUGGGGGUAGCCACGCCUCCAGAUGGGACAAGGAAGAAGUUUGGAAGGGAAUACGUGACUUUGUGUGAUUGCGAAAAAUCACUACAUACAUACUAUGUCCCAACAAAACAGAUUUAGGUGCAAGUAGCUUCAAAGAAGGACUGUAUCAUUUUUGAUGACCAGCAAUGAGGGAUUUAGUUUGUAUUUUCACUUAGCUUAGCACACAAAGCUACCUAGCAUGCUAGCAGGAAUCCCUCUGCCUAUGGUUUACUAGCACACUACGCUAAUCGUAAGCGCUAGUGAUUGUUUAUAGUCUGUUAUUUUAGCAAAUCGCUAGCAGCAAGCUAACAACUAAACCACUGAACUGGCCAAGGUAUGCAACGCGACUCAACAAUGAAAUCUGAUUGAUCGCUUUGUCCAGUCAGAAUCCCAGAAAAUGGUAAACAAAUAACGUAAUUAAAAAAAAAAGUAACAAAACAAGAUAUCACCCCAAACCUCAUAAUGAAAACCUAAUUUCUGUCCCAUCCAGUGUCCCAACCUCCUGGAUCUGAAAAUGAAUGUUAGUGAAUGGGUGAUGUCACAGUCCUGCCAGCCCAGGAUUCUUAGAUGCAUGUCUAUAGACGCAUUUGGACACAACAGCUCUAGAAACACUUCUACUAACUAUUAACUGGAGAGGCUACCUCUGGAACUACAGGUACACAGUUCCUAGCAGCGAUUAAAAACGGUUCAAAUAACAAAAACCAGAAACGAACACAAUUUUUGGAUGAACGUAACCGAGAACGAUAUUUAUCGUUGCGAUUAACCUUUGUUUGAGUAUUAUUCAAAAGUCCAUAGGCUUGGAAAGCCACCUUGUCCACACAGUGUUCCCCUUAAAAGAUGAAUUUAGUCAGAUGUUAUGAAUCAUGUUAUGUGUCUCCCAUCUACUAACUACUUUUAUCAACUACUAGUUGAUUAAAAGGAUUUUCAUAUCCAACACUAUCUAACUGCCUUUUCCAAGUAUGUAGACUAAAUUACUGAAACAUUGUGUGAAAUAACAUGGGUUACCAGAGACACUAGGAAGAUAUCUAUAGGCCUGUCAUGCAGUUGGUAAAGCAAGGACAUUUUCUG